GCAGAAGGAGAGGGAGAGAUGACGCGAAGGCUGGCGGUGUGUAUUCUCAGUCAUAGUCACAGGAAGAACCAGAAUCUGGAGCAGGACAGCGGUGGAAGGUUGUAAAGGGAAAUGUUGCAGACGGCUUAGUCAGAGAUGGAGCCUCCCGUACUUGACAGGGCUUGAACAGGGCUCAGCACCACUGGCUGGACCAGCGGCUGCGAUCCGACUCAACUACAACACAACAACUCUGUUGACAAGCGAGCAGGUGACACUUGCUCACCGCUUGGUGUCAUCGACAAAGGAUUAUUAUGGGCUGUUCUGCCAGUGUGGUCCUACUUCUACGCUCAGUGGGUGGGGUAGACUGCGGUCACAUGUGUUCACGGCAGGACCAAACAGCAAUGGAUGCUGCAACACCCACCCUGGAAGGCUAUGCCACUGCAAGCUCACCUCUGACCAUCAUUGUCAUGCAAGAAAAGCCCAAGCUGAUUGAUCCACUCGACUAUGAGGCUGUCAUCUCAGAACUGGGAGCAGAGCUCAAGCAAGACCCUCUAAGAGAGCUGCUGCUGUUUCCUGACAAUGAUUUCACAGUAUCCACAGUGCCCCAAGAGAGACGCACUCUCAGGUCAGCUGUUCCUGAGGGCGCAGAGCUCCAGGUGGAAUGUCUGCUGGUCAGACAGGCCUGCAAGUAUUACAACUCAGAUUUGAACGUGGUUCAGUUCAAGUAUGACGACUAUGCUGGAGACUACCGCCUCCUGCCAAGGAAAUUAUACAAAGCAGAGAAGCUGCCAUCUCAUUCUUUUGAGAUUGACUAUGAAGACAUGGACAAGGAUGAGGACACCACCUCCCUGUCCUCAUCCAAAGGUGGAGGAGGGGGAGGCGGAGGAGGGGGAGGAAUCGGUGUCUUUAGGUCGGGCUGGCUUUACAAGGGCAACUUUAACAGCACCGUCAACAAUAGCAUCACUGUGCGGUCAUUCAAGAGGAGAUAUUUUCAGUUGACCCAGUUGACGGACAACUCCUACAUCAUGAACUUCUACAAAGACGAGAAGAUCUCCAAGGAACCUAAAGGGUGCAUCUUCCUCGAUUCAUGUACUGGUGUGGUGCAGAAUAACCGCUUGAGGAAGUACGCCUUUGAGCUGAAGAUGAAUGAGGUCACAUACUUCGUGCUGGCCGCGGAGAGUGAACAGGACAUGGAGGAGUGGAUUAGCACCUUGACGCGCAUCUUGCAGAUCACGCCGCACGAUGGCCCGACUCCGGACCGCAAAAGUCUGGACCUGUCCGACCAUCGCCAGGAUCUGUUCGACAUGUCGUUGAGCGACGGUUGUUUGCAGGAGAACGAAGUUGCGACGGAAAACGGCAUUAAUCCUGAACUAGCUAAGUACAUCUCGGAGACGGAUGAAGGAAUUCGUUGCGCCCGCAGGGAGGAGAGGUUGAAUCUCUUCUCGCUUGACCCUGACACUCCUGUCCUGAGGAGCCCGCGAGCGGAGCAUUCAUUAAGUGAAAACUCCACAGUGCGUCCUUUUGAGGAGAAACUAGGCAGAAGGUUCAUGGUGACAUGUCGAUCACUCAACUUCAUGCUGCAGGGCUGCAUCAUUGAAAAUGAAACAGGACCCGUCACAAAUAUCGAACCUUUCUUCGUGUCGCUAUCACUGUUGGAUAUUCGAGAUGGCAGGAAGGUUUCUGCUGACUUCCACGUGGACCUCAACCACGAGGCAGUGCGUCAGAUGUUCGGCGGGAUUGCCUCUGGAGCCCAGGAGAACGGCAUGUGCGCUGCUGGGGAGAAGAAGUCAGGAGACCUUUAUCCGAGCACGGACCUGGAACACUGGCUGUGCUUUCCCAAACAGGCAAUAUUCUCUGUGACUAACCCUCACACGGACAUAGUGAUGGUGGCCAGGGUAGAGAAGGUGCUCAUGGGGAAUAUUGCUUGUGGGACCGAGCCGUACAUUAAAAACACAGACUCCGGCAAGAUUGUCCAAAAGAUAAUAAAAUCAAACAAACAGUUCUGUGGAAAACUGGGGAAGUACCGAAUGCCAUUCGCGUGGUCCGUCAGGUCACUUUUCAAAGACAACCAGGGGGCGCUCGACCGAGAUUCUCGUUUUUCACCGCUCUUCAAACAGGAGAGUAACAAGAUUUCCACAGAAGACCUGAUCAAGCUUGUUUCAGAGUACAGAAGGGCGGAGAAGACCAGCAAGCUGCAGACCAUUCCCGGGACUCUGGACAUCACAGUAGACUAUGUUCCCCUGGAGCUUCCAAACUGCGUGACGUCCUCCUACAUCCCCGUAAAACCCUUUGAGGACCUGAGCAAACAGCAGCCCACGGUCGAAGUGGAGGAGUUCAUCCAGGAUACCACCAAGUUCACUCAGCCAUACCGCGUCUACAGAAACCACGUCUACGUUUACCCUAAGCAUCUCAAAUACGAUAGCCAGAAGAGCUUCGCCAAGGCUCGUAACCUGGCCGUCUAUGUGGAGUUCCGCAGCUCAGACGAAGAAACUGCCAAACCUUUAAAGUGCAUUUAUGAGAAGCCAGGGGGUCCAGUGUUAACCUCAGCAGCCUGUUCCACUGUCCUGCAUCACUCUCAGAACCCUGACUUUUACGAUGAGGUGAAGAUCGAGCUUCCUACCCAACUUCACGAAAAGCACCAUUUCCUCUUCUCAUUUUACCAUGUCACAUGUGACAUCAACGCUAAGACGAACGCAAAGAGGAAAGAAGCCCUUGAGACCCCUGUUGGCUACUCUUGGCUGCCUCUUCUCAAAGAAGGUCGUCUGUCAUCUCAGGAGUUCAACAUCUCUGUCUCCAGUAACCUGCCUCCUGGUUACCUGGCCAUCAAAGAGGCCAGCAACAGCAAGAAUGGCGCUGAUGUUAAAUGGGUCGAUGGGGCAAAGGCCAUCUUCAAAGUGUCAACCAAUGUCGUGUCAACGGUUUACACUCAGGACCCCUACCUGAACCGCUUCUUCCAGCAGUGCCAGAAACGAGAGCUGGACCUCUCGCUACCUCCUACCUCCAACUUCAUUAACUGCCUGAAGGGUCUCCUCAGUAUGGAGAGAAUCCCAGUGAUCAUCAGAUUUCUGCCAGUGCUUUUCAACCAGCUCUUCAAGGUCCUGACUCAGAAUGACAACGAUGAGGUCACUACUGCCACCACCAGAGUGCUGGUCCACAUUGUUUCCAAGUGCCAUGAGGAAAACCUUGAUCACUAUCUGCACUCCUAUAUUAAGUACGUGUUCAAGUCAGAGGCCCAUGGUUUCAGGACAGUGCAUGAGGAGUUGGCAAAAGGCAUGACCUUUGACCUGAAGAGCAACGAGCAAGCAGCAGUUAGGAAUGUAUUGAAGUUUUCCUGGUUCUUCUUCGAACUGAUUGUCAAGUCCAUGGCCCAACAUUUGGUUGACGCAGACAAAGUAAAGCUCCCCAGGCCGCAGCGUUUCCCCUCGUCUUACCAGAGCCGCGUGGAGACUCUGGUAGAAACGGUGUCGGAACACAUCUUCUGGAAGAACAAAGACCUGGUAGAGGAGUCACGUAGUGCCAAUUCGGCUGUGGCAGCUUUUGUCAAGCGUUGCUUCACACUGAUGGACCGAGGUUUCACCUUCAAAUUGAUCAGCAACUACAUUAACAUGAUCACUGCAACCGACAGCAAGGUGCUGUGCGAGCUGAAGUUUGAGUUUCUGAGAGAGGUGUGUAACCAUGAGCACUACAUCCCCCUCAGUCUGCCCCUGCCCUCUGCUUGCAUCACAGACCAUGCAUCCCCAGAGUCACAAAGCACUCAUGCCUCGGUGCCAGAGUACAACCUGACCGGAGAGUUCUGCAGGAAGCACUUCCUCACGGGUCUGUUAUUACGAGAACUGGGGCUGGCCUUGCAGGACGAGCAGGACCUCAGGCACCUGGCUUUGGCCACUCUGAAGACCCUCAUGGCCAAACACUCCCUGGAUGCACGCUACUCCACCAAGGAAAAGCAGGCAAGAAUCGCAUCACUUUACCUGCCUCUGUACGGUCUGAUCCUGGACAACAUGCCUCGCUUCUUUCUCAGGGAGCUUUUCCCUAUUUACUUGACCGCUAGUGAUCAGGGCUCUCGAGACGACCUCAGCGUCGGGGGAGGUGUGACUGGAGGGACGCUCCCUGUUACUCGCCAUGGCAACUCAGUGGAUGCCUCUUUCUCCAAAGAGGUGCUCAACUCCAUCACAGCUUUCUCGUCUUUGGCAGUUGCUACGGGCAACCAGGCAGACUCUAGGGGCUCCCUGAUCAGUGUGGACUCCAACCCCAGCAACAGUGACAGGAACAGUGAAAAGAUGGAUGGAUGUGAGAAGUUUGCUCGUCCUCAGUCGCUCAUAGGCUAUGGGUCUCGCUGUGACAAGCUGGACCAGGCCGAGACGCGCAGCCUCCUCAUGUGCUUUCUGCACAUCAUGAAAACCAUAUCUGAAGAUGUGCUAGUUUCCUACUGGCACCGGGCCAUCCACCAAGAGAUCUCGGACUUCUUUAAAAUAUUAGAGCUCUGUCUGCAGCACUUCAGAUUCAUGGGCAAGCGCCACAUCGCCAGGAAGCUAGCAGCGGCGCUAAAGCUGGCCCAGUCCACGCACGCCAAUGGCACCGUGAAGGUGCCUAACCAUCCCUCCCAGCCCUCAAGCCUCCUGCCACAAUGGAUGGCUUCUUCCGGAGGGGAGGGUCACAGACAGGCUCGUUCCCAAACCAUGCCCAUCAUCCGGGGCAAGAACGCCCUCACCAAUCCCAAACUUCUGCAGAUGAUGGAGACCGAUGGUACUAUCCAGGAUGGGGACAGUCUGAGUCCCACUGAUGUUGAGGCUAACCUGUCUACUGAGGUGGCGCUCACUGUGCUGGAUGUUCUGGAGCUCUUUGUUCACCAUCACAAGAAGCAGCUGCUGCUGGAUGAUGGCCAGAACCCACUGAUGAAGAAGGUGCUGGACACCUACUUGCUCUUCUUUCAGAUCAACCAAUCAACUGGCACCCUUCGCCACAUCUUCGCUGCACUCAGGCUCUUUGUACAAAAGUUCCCCAGUGCUUUCUUCCAAGGCAAGGCAGACCUCUGCGGCUGCCUGUGCUACGAGAUCCUCAAAUGCUGCAACCAUCGCUCCAGCUCCACGCAGACGGAGGCGGCGGCCCUGCUCUAUUUUGUCAUGAGAAAGAACUUUGAGUUUACCAAGGGCAAGUCGAUAGUGCGCUCGCAUCUUCAAGUGAUCAAGGCGGUGAGCCAGUUGAUAGCCGAUGCUGGCAUUGGAGGCUCUAGAUUUCAACAGUCGCUGGCCAUUGUGAAUAACUUUGCCAAUGGAGAUACGCCACUCAAGAAUUCUCCCUUCCCGGCUGAGGUCAAAGAUCUUACCAAGCGGGUCAGGACGGUGCUGAUGGCCACGGCUCAGAUGAAGGAGCAUGAGAAGGAUCCAGAGAUGCUGGUGGACCUUCAAUACAGUUUGGCCAACUCGUAUGCCAGCACACCCGAGCUGCGGCGCACCUGGCUGGAGAGCAUGGCCAAGGUCCACGUCCGCAAUGGGGAUCUCUCCGAGGCCGCCAUGUGCUACAUCCACAUCUCUGCCCUGAUUGCCGAGUCGCUUAAGAGAAGAGGCUACUGGAGAGCAGACAAGACCCGGAUAUCCAGCGUGUCUCCUGAAGAAAGUCCCGUCUUUAAAUGUAGCUCCUUACUAACCACCUCCCGAGACCAAGACACAUCGUUUUCUCUGGGCUGGGCGGCAUUCAUGUGCAUCAGCCCUAACGUCAAGGAGGAGGGAGCCAUGAAGGAAGACACGGGUACACAAGACACUCCCUAUACUGAGGACACCUUGGUGGAGCAGCUGGAGCUGUGCGUGGACUACCUGUGGAAGUCGGAGAGACACGAGCUCAUCGCCGACAUCAACAAACCUGUCAUUGUUGUUUUUGAGAAGAGGAGAGACUUCAAGAGAUUGUCAGAGCUGUACUACGACAUCCAUCGCUCUUACCUGAAGGUGACAGAGGUGGUGAACUCGGAGAAGCGGCUUUUCGGACGCUACUACCGCGUAGCUUUCUAUGGACAGGGUUUCUUCGAGGAGGAGGAGAGCAAGGAGUUCAUCUACAAGGAGCCGAAGCUGACUGGACUGUCUGAGAUCUCCCAGAGAUUGCUUAAACUCUACUCAGACAAAUUUGGAGCUGAUAAUGUCAAAAUGAUCCAGGAUUCCAAUAAGGUCAAUCCCAAAGACCUGGACCCAAAGUUUGCGUACAUUCAGGUGACGUACGUAUUGCCUUACUUUGACGAGAAGGAACAGCAAGACAAAAGGACGGACUUCGAGAGGCAUCACAACAUCAACCGCUUUGUGUUCGAGACGCCCUUCACCCUCUCUGGGAAGAAACACGGAGACGUCGAAGAGCAGUGCAAGAGGCGUACCAUUUUAACCACGAGUUCCAGCUUCCCAUACCUCAAAAAGCGCAUCCAGGUGAUGGAGCAGCAGAGUACGGAGAUGAACCCCAUCGAAGUGGCCAUCGACGAGAUGUCCCGUAAAGUGUCUGAGCUCAACCAGCUGUGCAACAUGGAGGAGGUAGACAUGAUCCGACUGCAGCUAAAACUGCAAGGGAGCGUCAGUGCCAAAGUCAAUGCAGGCCCGAUGGCCUAUGCCAGGGCCUUUUUAGAGGAGAAGAAUGCCAAGAAGUAUCCAGACAACCAGGUUAAACUACUAAAGGAGAUCUUCAGACAGUUUGCAGAAGCGUGCGGCCAGGCGUUGGAUGUGAAUGAGCGUCUGAUCAAGGAAGACCAGCUGGAGUACCAGGAGGAGAUGAGAGCUCACUACAGGGACAUGCUAAGCGAACUGUGCGCCAUCAUGAACGAGCAGUUUCAAAAACGUGUUCUCGCCUCCAGCACCACCUCUCUCUCUAACAGCUUUCUUUCCACUCUGUCUAAGACUGAUUCCUCACUCAAGGCAGCCAGGAACGGAGCGGCACAGCGCCUUCUGAACGGCUGAAAGAUUUGACAGGAAGUUAAUGCUCCCAGGAAGGACUCUUGUGCUUGUUUGUGAGUGCAGCAAGUGGUUUUAGAAGAAGAAGACAAGGAAAGAAGAAGUGUGUAGACUGUGCUCGUGCUAGUCUUUUGUCCUGUCAUUGAAUGUCGCAGUAGCUGAUGCCCCGGUAAGUUCUGUUUAUUUUGGUUGUAGAGAGGCAGCGCUGAAAAACCUACAAGCAAAAACAUGUUACUUAAAGACACACACACACGGGCCUUCUCUCCACACCCUUGCCCUUUAGAUUCAGUGACCUUACCGAGCUGGAUGUGCAUUCAGCUUCUCCAUGCAUCCUAUUUUUCUAAUGUGUUAAGAAAGAAAUUUGACAACCCCGUCAAAAAAAAUAAUAAUUUUACGCUAAUGUGAAGAGAGAGUCUUUUUUUUCUCAAGCGUGUGAAAAGCUGAAUGCAAGCAACUCUGCUCGGUGUUUGAAUGUAGAGCAGCUCCAUAAUGCUAAUUUGUAUCCUCGUUAAUAUUACUCCAAUUAUCAACUGGCCCAUUUUCAAGCAGAACCAAUAAAAAAAAGAAAACAAAAGAAUUGUUUUGUAACAUUUUUAAAUGCAUUGUUACUAUUAUUAUUUCCUGUUUUGAAUUGUACAUAAGAAAUAUUAAUAUUUAAAACAUUUGAAAUGUUUCCUUUUUUAAAUAAAAUAUACAUAUGAAUAUUUGUUUAGGUGACUUGAAAAAAGAUUUAAAAAACUAAAAUUUUAUGUAUAACAUUUCAAUAAAAUUUUGUUAAUGUUAAAUAGUCAUCCUUGUGUGUUUACUGCAUUGUUUCAUACAAACCUCGAUUCAUUUUCUGUAACAACUUUCCUCAUUUAGGAGCCUAUCCCUGUUGAUUUUGGGCAAGAGGCGGGGUACCCCCUGGACUGGUCGCCAGUCAAUUGCAGGGCACAAAGAGACAAAGCAUUCACCCUUACAUUCACACCGCUGGACAAUUUUGAGUGUUGAAUUUAUACAAAUAGUUUCAUGUUGAGAAGACACAGCAAUGUGUGUGUAGAACACGAUUUGACAUGUACAGUACAUAAGACAGACCACUGCUAUCUCUGUACUAUUGUGAUAUGUCUUUAAAUAUGCAUUUGUUUGCUAACGUGUUAGACUAGUAUGCCUGCUAAAUCUAUAACGAGGCUCCUGUGGUGGUUUGUUUUUGUUAAAAAAUGUAACUACUCAAUGCAUUCAUUUAUGUAACAUAGAUUCAUGCGUACAUGCUAGAUGAAUGGUGUAGCUUGUUUUCUGAUCCUCUCUGUUUUAAGUGCUUUGCCACCGUCUUAUGGCAGACCGUACUCUUCUGAAACAUGCACAUUAGGUUGAUUGAAGACUCUCAAUUGUUCUUAGGUGUUAAUGUGAGUUAGAAUGCCUGUUGUCUAUAUACGCCCUGCGAUUGACUGGCCAGGGAGUAUCCUGCCUUGUGCCAAAAGUCAACAGGGAUACGCUCCAGCUCGCCAGAAAAUGGAUGGAUUUUCUUUUUGAUGAAAUUGUACCGCACAUGAAACUUUCACUGAACGUGAAGUGACACAGUAGAUUGGCUCGAAUAGAGUGAAGUAGUGUGCCGCGUCCAAGUGAUCAGGUGUCAGCGUUUUGCAGGUCAAGGUAUCAGCAGAGUGCCUUGUUAAUAUUUGGUGCUAAUGUGUUGACACUGCAAUCCUACAUUUGAAUCUAUGCUGUCUGUUCCGCACACUAAUCUGUCCCAUAACUCCAGCCACCAUCGUCGUCAUCGAGGUGGUGUGCGCGACCAGCAGGCCGAUUGUGUUUCUCUCAGUCGUCCACAGACCGGCUAAUGUGUGCCCGGACUGUGGGGGGCUCGGGUUGCUUGGAGUCAGCGCCAUUCAGCACAGGUAAUGUAAUGUAAUACAGUACAGUAGUGUGCAUUUAAUCCCCGUUUAUCAAUGGCGCCAUGUUCCAGACCCACCCGCAAUAGAUCCAUGAUAUAGCAAGGCCAUGUAAUUAACAUUUUUCAAAUAGUAGGACCCCUCCCGCAUGCUUGAAACACAUUGGGUACAUUAGUGCAGAUUAUACCUCGAGAGAUAGCAAUUGCCCCGUGUGUUGCAUUCAGAACCACAAAGCCUGCAUUGAUCAUGUGGAUUCAGGUCUUCACGUGCCAUGCGGGACCUAUGCGUAGUUUUCCAGAAACUGGACCCGGGUGCUGAUGAAUAAAAUAUCCUCGCCGAGGGCGCGUGGCGGAUCUGUUCCCUGCUGAUAGAUCAGCUGUAUAGGCGGUGACUCAAAGUAGUCACAGCCAAGAUCUGCAGUGAGAUUGCACACGUUGCCGAGAGAAAGACACCAUGUUAAACGCCAGGCAGCAACGUGAACUCCUCUUACACGACCCGCAUCGACAACCCCCGGCGCUCUUCGGGAAGCCCUGGUUCUGGCAGCGCAGUAGCGGAGUCAUGGAGGGCACCCGCAGCCUGGCUCGGGUCAUUAUGGAGAUGCAGGAGGAAAUCAGGAAGCUGGAGGCCCAGAACCCAGUGUUGCCGAAGGAGGAGGGGGACCGAGAGCAGGAGCAGACACUGGAAGCGUUUUUAGAGGAAGAGCAGGAAAACCCAAUCAGGAGGAAUGCAUCUGCGCCCAUUCUAAAGAGACAGUUUCAAGAAUAUAAAGGUUAUCUCGCCGCCACACAUCUAUAGCAUCUGUCCAUCCAGCCACCAUACAUCUAGCUUUCCAUAUACAGUGUCUAUCAACUGUCUUCAAAUGUCAGAUUUUUGUGUUACAGAAAAAUGAACAACUGAGAUGUGUUUGCAAAAGUGUCCACACCCUCUCAUAACUAGGGAUGUGACCUUGUUGAGAAUGUACCUCAUUCAAGAAUAUGCUCACAUUGACUGCUAUUUCAAUCUAUUCAUAACUCCCUUCACCUUGACUAAGGGCCCAAUUCCAGCUAAGGAAAUAAAUAUAAAGUUCAAAUGUUUCAUGCUAACACUCACUGCUAUUUGGGACUCUUCAUAAUUGCCUCUACUCCCACUAAGGCUGAUGAAACCCAGUCUCAGAUCAUGAUGCUUCACUUGCAGGUGUGGUGUUGGUAGGGCGCCAAACUUACCUUUUGGAAUUGGUUUCAUUACAGCAAAAAACAAAGGUCUCCCAAACACGUGAGAAAAUUCUGGGGUGUCUUAACAUUUCCUCAAAGGGCCGCAUACUGAAAUAUCAAAGGAUGCAUGGGCCACACUGACUUCCAAUCUAUCAAGCAAAUAUAUAUUGCUUACAUUUAUAUUUAAGUAAUGUCAAAAUGUUAUUUGUAGACAUGUCAUUGUGCUCCCCAGACAACGUCAUCAUGACGGUACGAAGGUACUCCAUGAACUCCAGCUCGCCUGACGUGACACAGAGCGAGGGGACAGCAGACCUAGGGGGGCAACUGAGCCACUCCGGAUGGGCGCUGCUGCAGGAGGAGGUCCGCGGUGGGAACGGCAACCUUGAUCACUCUGUCACCCGUGACGUGGGGUCAGCGAGGAACAAGACGUCCCUGCAGGAAUACGUGCACAAGACCAGAGCCAAGGCGAAAACGGUCACGUUCCUUCUACCAGUGGACGACAUCUACAACAACAAACCAGUCCUCCCCGAGCUGGCCCCUGUAACUGACACCGAGUCGCAUAGACUUUGAGGUCACCUGACCGAUUGCAGAAACUCCAAAUGGGGCCACGCUCAUUUCUUCAAGGUCACCUUAGAUUUCUUUUGGCGUCCCGAUUCAAUCGCAGCUGAGCAACACAAAUAAACGAGCGUCCGGUUACACACUGAUGAUGAGACAUCUGCAGUCAAGGAUUUUGGUAGCACUCAUCUGCAGGUGACCACCCUUUUUUUUAAAUUAGAGGCACUUUAGGUCAAUGACCAAUUUAUUAUUCAUUCACUCUUUUCUCUUGAAGGGAAAUAAGACAGCACACGUGUGACCUAUUUCUUUGUGGAUACUGAGACCAUUGGGGAAACGUGUACUUAAUGAAGUGUCCGGUGUUUCAAAACUUAAAUGUCACAUUUACUAGUCACUUAAUUAAACAUUUUUUAAAAAAAAAAUCAGACAAGAAUUUAUCAGGUUACUUGGUUUUCCUCAUUAGGUGUUUUAUAAUAAACAAGAGCAACUGCAUCAGAUUAAUGCAGUACACGUGUCUUAAAUUAGAACAUUGAAAAAAAGAAACUAAAUUUACAGUUCAAAUAAAAAGGAAUAACAGAUUACAAAGGGUGAAAUUUUUGUUGUUGUUGUAAUUUUUGAUUAUAGCCAACUUUUUACAGUUACAUAAAUAUUUAGGUCAAUCAGCCUGAAAAGUUCUUUCCAAAGCAUUUAAUGAAUCUGUAUGAGUUUAACCUUUUUUAAAUUGAACUCUGAACUAGUUUCACCAUUCUAAUUUAAUUACAUCCACCAGCAUGUACAUUAUGCAUUAACCUGAUGCAGUUUUUCAUGUGUAUUGAGAUGUAUCUGUAUUUGUACAUAUAAUACCCGUGAAAAAUAGUAAUAAUGCCCACUCACACAGAUGUCUCUUUAUUCAACAUACAGUAGGUUUAGAUCCGAUAACCCCCUCCCACACACACACACAAUCUCAAUCAAGUAAAAUCUUUAAAAAGUGUCAGGAAAACAAACAAAACAAAGCAAAAACGAGGCAGUUCAGAACGGGUAUUGCAGGUUAUUGGAUCCAAGUUGAGGUAUGAGCUAAAGUGAAUAUAAAAAGUCUAAACACUCCUGUUGAAAUACCAGACCUACAUCUGGCGUUUGAAAAGGGGUGUGUAAACUUUUUAUAUCCACUGCAUAAUGCUGGUAGCAAACAAUGAGCAAAAGUGAAAAUAAAUAAUGUAGUUAAUAAGCACUUUAAAAGGGAUUUGGGUCCAAGGUCCCUUAGGUCCUUAAAGAGGUCUGCAGGGCUUUCAUGUCCCUGAGCAGCGUCAGAUUGCGCCUGCUUUUCUCUCCUGGUUUGACUGCGCUCGCUGUGGGUAGAUUCCUGCACGCCUCCUUUUUUAAUUUCUUUAUCUAGAGACAGAACAUGUAAAGAAAAAAAAAAACCUGUGUCAUUAAGUAAAGGGCUGUGUGUGAUUGCGUGCGUGCCCACCUGGAUUUUGUGCUUGUAGAGCUUCCGGAUCUGCUCUCCUUUGCGCUCCAUUUUGAGGAGCAGAGUCUCCUGCUCGUGCUCCAGCUGCUUUCUUUCCUGCAGAGAAUCACUGCGCUCCAGCUCGCGCAUCAGCUCGUCUUGCCCUCUGAAACAAACCGAAAAAACGGAAAUAAAAGUGGUUGCGUUCACAAUGACCAAUCACAUUCAAACUCAUGUUAAAUAAGAGUCAGCACACACCUGCCAUCAUUUCAAGUGCCUCUGAUUAACCUCAAAUUAAGUUCAGAUGUUCUGGUAGGCUUUUUCUUUUUUUUUGUAAUGCUUUCUAGCAGAAGCCGAAAGUUUGGGUGGGCACACUUGUCUAAGUUGUUUAUUUUUUUAUGUUCUCUCUUGGGAAAAAAAUCAAAUCAAGAGUUGUACAUACAAUGGUGGAAAAUGGUUUUAAAAUAAUUUCUCUCUGCCUCAUUUUUUUUUAUAUUACAAAAACAUGUCAUUUGAAUAGGGGAGUUUAGACUUCAAAGCCAUUGUACAGUAUAGAAUUUUUUUCAAGCAACAAAACUAAUUAAACAUGACUUGUACAGGCACACAGCUAUUUGUAUGUUGCCAAAUGUGGAAUAAAAUGUCAAAUAA